AUGCGCGCUUCUAUCAUGAUCCUUGGCUUCCUUGCGACUCUUACCGUUGCGCUUCCUAAUGCUUUCCCCGAGGCUGCGAUGGCAUGCGGAUCUACUACCAUGGCCUGUAUUGCUGCCAACUGUGGUCACGAGGGAUGCUGCUGCCAAGGACUUACUUGUUCAUCCAAUGGUACUUGCACUACACUUUGA